UGCGUUGCUACUCGGUUGUUGUAGUAACCAGGAAGAUUAGCUGCGAUCUUUUAGCAGGCUCACUGAAAGGCAAAUUUACUAUGCAUUUUUUGUACAAUUAUCACCUCGAAACGAUGUCUUUAUUGUCUUCCUUAAGCAGUUUUGCUGCUUAUGUCAACAGUUAAACAACGGCCUUUUUCUGUUGCGUUUCAAUUUUUUAUGCGCUAACAUUUUUUCGACUCUGAAUGUAACGCUUGUUGACAUGUUUGGUUUUCUACUAAUUUGAUGCGCCAUCAUCGAUAAGUUAGGCGUGUUUGUUGUUCUAGAAUUGUUCUGAUUCUGAAACAUGUUGUGGUUUGUGUUUGUGCCUCAGGAGGGAGCAAUGGUAGACACUUGAUCCCUGGAGGGUUUUAGCUGUGUCUGUGGAGAUGCCAGCUGUAGCUCGGGUUAAGGAGGACUCGGAGUCCUCAGCAGAGGACGAGCAAGAAGGCCAUUGUUGCAUUGCCUGGAGUGGCCUCAGCAGGACAAUCCCAAUCUUCUUGUUUUCCCCUGAAGCCAUUGUUUCAAAGAAUGGGACUAUCUGCGUUGAUGGAGAGCGAUACAACAUGGCCUUCAAGAUCGUGCGCACAGAGAGUCGUCUGGUGCGAGGGAUACUGACCAAUCAUGGUUUCCAUGAGGUUCAGCCAAAUAGCAACGACUUUAACCUAAUGUGGACAGGAUCCCACCUCAAACCUUACCUACUCCGAAGCCUUCAGGAUUUCCAGAAGGUUAACCACUUUCCCAGAUCUUACGAGUUGACCCGCAAAGAUCGCCUUUAUAAGAACAUUCAGCGAAUGCAGGAAGUCCAUGGCUUCAAAAACUUCCAUAUUGUUCCACAGACCUUUGUGCUUCCUUCGGAAUACCAAGAAUUCUGCUGUUCUUACACUAAGGACAAGGGCCCAUGGAUUAUUAAACCAGUAGCAUCAUCAAGAGGACGAGGCAUCUACUUAGUCAGCAGUCCAAGUCAGAUUUCACUGGAUGAGAACAUCUUGGUGUCACGCUAUAUUAAUAACCCUCUACUGAUAGAUGAGUUCAAGUUUGACAUGCGUUUAUACGUGUUGGUCACAUCAUACGAUCCACUCCUUGUCUAUGUGUAUGAGGAGGGUCUCGCUAGGUUUGCCACCGUCAGGUAUGACAAGACUGCAAAGAAUAUUAAGAACAUCUUCAUGCAUCUCACCAACUACAGCGUGAACAAGAAGAACAGCGAUUAUGUCAGUUGUGAUGACCCUGAGGUUGAAGACUAUGGGAACAAGUGGAGUAUGAGCGCAGUGUUGCGCUAUUUGAGGCAGGAAGGGAAGGACACCACAUUGUUAAUGAGGCAGGUAGAGGACCUCAUCAUCAAAGCUGUGCUGAGUGCGGAGAUGCACAUCGCACACGCCUGCAAGACGUUUGUCCCUCACCUGACAAACUGCUUUGAACUUUAUGGAUUUGAUGUGCUCAUUGACUCCAACCUCAAACCCUGGUUGCUGGAGGUGAACCUUUCUCCAUCCUUGGCCUGUGAUGCCCCUUUGGAUUUGAAGAUAAAGGCCAGCAUGAUAGCAGACAUGCUCUCACUUGUGGGCUUAGUGUGUCAGGACCCCGUGUUAAGGAAGCCACGAUUUGAGCGACUCACCCUGGAGCCCAACCUCAAACAGGCAGCUCAUAGAACACAGUGGCAGAGGCCCUUAUCAGCUCACUGUGAGACAGUGCCGUUUAAAGACAAGCCAGGAGGAGACAGCACUCUGGGCUUGACUGCAGAGCAGAUCAAAGUCUUGAGGAGGACAAAGGAAGAGUACGAGAGAAGAGGAGGCUUCAUCAGAAUAUUCCCUACUGAAGACACAUGGGAUCUCUAUGGUGGCUAUCUAGAAUCCAAGACAUCAAUGAACUUCAUGUUGGCAAACAGACUUUUCCAUGGAAGGAAUGCGGGCGGGAAUUCGCAGCUGCAAAUGGACACAGUCGAUGGCCACCACGCCGUCCAGUACGAGAGGAAGCUGCUGUCUCUGGGGGCCCGUAAGAAGAGAUGGCACCACCUGAGUCAUCGCUCUGCUGCUGGAAAGAUGAAAUCGGGGAUGCAAUCCAAGGCCUCCCUGACGGAGAGCAGUGGCCUGGAGGGAGAGGAUUGCAUACGGGAGGAAAGAGAGGAGAUGAAACGUGUUCUCAAGCCAAUCUCACACAAGGCUUUGUUAGAAGAGCAAAGAAAACAAGACUCUUCACUAGCGCAGCGCUUUCACGGCAAGGCUGCAUCCAGCUCAGAGGCAACAACACACAACAGCAGUCCCCGUGUCAAACUGCUGCACAUUCUCCAGCAGGGGUGGGACAUCAGUAAAGUGCAGGCACGGAUGACCUUUUCUUCGUACCUUCAGCGAGUUCAACAAAGACUGUUGGCAGAGAGCAGAGUCAAUGGCAUUUCCGCUUGGCCAGAUAAGGACAAUUACCAAAUGGAGCUGAUUAUUCGCUUCCUGAAAAGAGCUGCCAGUAACCUCGACCAAGACAUCAAGGUGGUUCUGCCUAGUCAACAACUACCAGUCCAAGACCGCAGACGUAUCCUGUCUCACCAACUUGGAGAGUUUAUCCAGUGUUACGACAAGGAAACUGACCAUAUAGUAAGAAAACAGCAGAAUAGUGCAGAGGAGACGUGUGUUGAUGCCAGUGUUUUUCAUGAGUACAUCACGGCUGCGAGUGAAAGUGAUCUGGAGAAAGUACUGACGUUCUACACACAGAAAAAUAAAUCAGCCACUGUCUUCCUCGGAACAAAAGUCAGGCGUGUUAAAAAAGACUUUCAUGAAAAACCAGAGCCAAGCGACUGUGAGACUACCAAAUCUCUGCCUGUGGCCAAAGAGGAUUCCAGAUUUUUUGAAUCAACGCCCUGCACAGGAAAAGUCAGCAGUGACACAGACAACAAAGCCACUGAAGAUCAACAAUCUGCUUGUUUGUCUGGAGGCCAACUGACCGGAUUUGGACAUGCAAAAAUUGAUCCCCAACUCCGGACUUCCCAACACUGUUUGAGUUUUCCCAUGGCACAUAACACCUCUUCAUUACGGUGUCUUCAUCGUUCUCCACUUUUGCCACCUCAGCCUCCGUCCUAUGCUCAGUCCUUGGCAAAGUCUCAACUCUUCCAUGGUGAGAUGCUCGCUGAGUCCCCUGUUUACACAUCUCUUCCUGGGUCUACGGGGCAACCAAACCAGGUUCUCUGGAGGAUCCCGUCUUCCAGCACAUCCACUUUAAGCUCGAAAGGAGCGUCUUCCCUCACUAGUGCCAUGCACAUUUAUAGCCAGAAGCUUGCUCGACCAACAUCUGCAGGCCAUGUAGCAUCCAGGAUGUACAGUUCCAGUAAGCUGAAGUCCGAAUCUGACGGGGCCUUCAGGGAGUUCAACUCUCUUACAGUCCAGGCCCAGUCCAACCAGCAGGCCUUCAUCUCAGCUCUGCAGAAGCUGGCCGACAAGCAAGUUGCCCGCAACAGUGCUGGAUCGAGUCACAUCAACCUGCUGACGCAACAUUGUUCAUGGAAGGAAGACAAAUGUGGCCCUUCUGCAGGAAACCCUCGCUGUGAGUUGACUAAGCUAAACCUGGCGAGCAGGAUCUUGAGCGGAGAAAGCCCACAGAUGUCUCACCAGGCCGCCGUUACCCAAGGACCCUCAAAGGCGGAACCCUCUGGCACUGGUCCUCUUAGAAACAACACCUUUCAUAGGAAAAUGAAGGAUGGAGAGGCUUCCUGUGACAGGCAGAGUGGCAGUGACUUUCCUUCCGUGAGGUCGGCGAAUCCAGAGCAGCGGUGGCAGGCCCCUGGAGGGAGCUACCAGCUUCAGUUUGCUGUCCAUCAACUGCAAAAACAGAGACUUCAGCAGCAAAAAAUAUUGGACCAGAACCACAGCGGGCAUCAGGAUCAACAGUCAAACGAAACAAGCGCUCGCCACGCAACGGUUCCCACAAAAUCAUCCAGCUUUCCUGGACCACCCCAUCACAGUCACAGUCAGGCCUGUGAAAGUUGCGUUCUCUCCCCAAAGCCACCCAGCGAGGCCCGAGAUUGCCCGCUCAGGAAACCAGCAACAAAGCGAUUUGUCAAGCAGACUUCCACUCAGAGGUCGACUCAGGGAAGUGUGACCAGCGCGCAGCAGUCGCCCUACCAGGUCAUCUGCGCAAAAACAGGAAGCUGUUUCAAGCUGCCAUGUCAUCGGCCUGGAAGUCAUUUUUCCAUCUCAGUCAGGCCUCACGGCUUAGACGAGCACCAAGAUAAACAAGAGUGUGCGGAAAGGGAAUGAAAGGGAAUACUGUUUGGGAGCACAAAUGCACACGGCAGCUCAAACUGUACUCGCAAUGCCUUUUCUACUGGAUACCUGGCGGCGGGCCAGGCGAUAGACUGGGACGCCAAGCAGUGAGCACAAAUAAAAGGAUCCAUCGCAGUCGUAUCCCUCCCUCAUGAUGCUCUUUUUUUCAUUGUGUCAAGCUGUAUGCUUCUAAAAUGUGCAGUUGAAGAUCUAACAUAAAUAUGUAAUCACAUUUUGCGUAGAAGUUUAUGUAAACUUAAUCAAUUUUUUUCAGAGUCAAAUGUUAGUUUAAAUUUAUAUAUCUUAGCCUGAUGGAAACAGUUUAUUAACCCCAGAAAGGGUAUUAAGGUUAUACAAUAGUCUGUAAAAAAAUUAACUGCUAUUUAUUCUAGAUUUUAGGUUGUGUACUCACAUGCCUCUCAUUGCACAGUUUGCAUUUUGUGCAACUUAAUUGUUUAAUGACACAAUAAAUAGAAAUAGUAAGAUUAUACUAAAUUUACAAUAUUAUAGAGGGGUGGCACAUACCCCAAGGAAGAAGAAUGCAUAAUAUUUUGGUGAGGAACUGGAUAAAGGUGUUGUACAGGAUUUCAUCAUCACAGUUUGAGUCACUGUGGCGUCAGAAGAACAGCCCCCACCCAGAAUAAUAAUGGCCUCCACUAAGUGACAUGACAUUCAAGCCUGAGGCGUAUUUCGUCAUUUGGCAAACAGCCACGGGGGCCCUCCACAUAACAAAAACAACAUGGUAAUUUGCUAUUAUUGGUUACAAACUACUAUGCAAACUGCAUAUUCAAGCUGGCGAGCUGCACAAUGAAUAUCAUUGAUCCCAACCUUUUUACUGUAAUGUGAUAGGAAUAUUACUCAAGAUUUUAUGUAGCGUAAGCCAUUUUUUGUUAGCGCAGUUGGACCAGAUGUGACGCGCAGCUCUAUUAUUGUGAUGGCCGCAGGUGUGUGACUGGUGGGAAAAAGAGAACUAAUGACAAUGGGCGUGUCGGAACGAUAGACGUGACUUAGGAGUUCCUGCCUGCCAGACCCUUGGUUCCCAAAUGUACAAUUUCUAGCGCUUCAAUACUCCCAUAUUUGUGAUGAAAUGCGUCACUCUCUACGUCACCUUGUGCCAAUUGGUGCUGUUGCACGAGCACCUACAGUACAUUCGGUGACUGUGAGAAAAAGGUUGACAAACUGGGUAGUUUUAAUAAAAUCUGUUUUCUUCUCACCUUCCCCUCUUCUCCGCUCCACUUGGGUAAACCUCACCAAAUCCAAAAGUCUGUUUUGGAACGUCUUCCUGAAUCAAGUCGGCACAUGGGCAGUGACAUGGAAUAGUUCAUUGCCUGAGAAAGGAGGGGCAGCUCUUAAAACGAUCAUAACUGAUUGAUUUUAAGCGCACAAAUUAAGACAAACCUAAAUAAAUACUUGUUUUAAAUAGAAGACAACUUUAUUAUACAUGUUCAUGAUACAUAUAAGGGCCCCAGGCAACUGCCUAUGUUUGCCUAAAGGUAAGUCCGCCCCUGGUUGUAGUUACAGUAAAUGUGGUCAGUAUAGUACAUAACUGAUAUAUAGAUUAUACAGUACAGUGUAUAGUUCUCAAUAUCAUAUCAAAUUCUGAAUUGUUUAAACUCAGGAACCUUUUGAUCGCUCUACAAGUUGGGCUGCAACAGCAAUCUUUCAGUGGUUUGCAACUCAAUAAAACAUCAAAAAAUGUGGUUGUACUGUGACAGGGCAGCUAAUAACUCCUCUUAGUACUAAAACAUUGGACUUUUGUUGUUGUUGCAAGAAGCAAAUAGAAGACGUCAUGGACAGAAUGAUGUAAUGGCGUCCAUCUAAGGGUCCAAUCAUAUUGAUUGCCCUGACGUAAUCCCUGUACUGCUCUACGCGUAUGUUGUCAUGUACUAACAGGCAUUAUAAUCAAGACUGCUUAAAUCCUCUCACGCAAUUUCUGACGAUCGUUGACUUAAUUGAUCACGUGUUGCUUCUGCAGGACUUUCUGUGUACCGCAAGUUGCUUCAGGGCCGGGAGCAGAGUCCCAGAUGACAGCAAGGUGACCAGAGGCGCGUCCUGUCACUCUGCUGGCCUGACAGGUGUCUCUGCAUGUAACUGGCACAGAGGUGCAUUCUGGGUAAGAACAACAGCAGGAAAAAAAACAUGCCUAUUAAAUUGUCUGUCAUACCGCCGCGGCCAUGGCAGGAGAUGAUGGCGUGCCAGGCACGGAAUUCCCGUCUUUGACGCAGGCUGGGAUUUUGUUGUGCAGCCCAAGAGCACGUGGCCUUUUCCAGCCUGCACUGCGGUCUGCGCUCCAACUGUUGCCCUCUUCAUUCUCUCCAUGCCACGGAAAGAUUUCACAGGCGGAUAUCUUUCAGCAGAUGCCCGGUUGGCAUUUAGUAUGCUAGCAAUUCCGUUGAAGCCAACCUCCAGUGAGAGACAUCCCAUGAAUGGUGAGCAUGCAGAGAAGUUCCUGGCAUUAGACACGGACUUCCAGUCCAGAACGAAAACAAACAGUUACCAAAUCGGACUCUGCGCUCCUCUCUGGCCAAAGGAUGCGUUUAAUUAUAGCAACCUUUCUUUAAAUUGUUGAUGUUUUUAUGGAUGAACCCAAUUUAAUGAUUGUGUUAUUCUACAUUUGCAUUGUAAGUCGGCCAUGUUGGGCCCCUAGUGCAGCUCAGAACACAGCAAAAGAAGAACCUCAAGUUGGUGUACAAUGAAGAUAAUGGCACACAUGUGGACCAGCAUCCUCAUGGAUAUCUCACAAAAUGAGUACAGCCCUCUUAUUUCAGCCACCAUGUUGUUACUAUGUCUUAAGGGACAAUACUGUAGAAAGGAAAUAACUUAGAGUAGUCCAUGUACAGCUUGUAUAGCAGUACAGUGGUACAUCAACUUAAGAGUGUUUGAGCUCUCUUUCGGUUAAUUGUUAUGCUUUAAGUUACAAGCUUAAAUUGGAGUUCAAAGCAUCCUUGCCAUUAGUUGGCGUAGCAAACGUCACAGUGAGUGAACCCCGUAAGAUCUGCUCAAAACAUCCGGUCUUACUCGCUCGCAUUAGUUUGUAGCUAAAUCUUUGUUUUUCCAAGCAUGGCAAUGAAAUGAAGGACAGUGCUGAGAGGAAGAAGUGGAUUAUAUUCAAUGAAUUAAAUCAUUAAAUCUUCAAAAACAUGGCGAAGCAGUAUGAGCGCAUCACUGCUAGUCUGCACCAUACUGAACCAAUAAUGUUAAAAUAAUAUCUAAAUAGUGGACAUUUAUUCAUGAAAAUAUGGAAAAGCUGCUGAUGGUGUGUUUGACUGAGAAGAUACCGUAGAAGUCUGCUCUCCAAGGUAAAUACUGUACAUACUUUAAUUACACUACUUCAUAAAACUACUGUAGUUGUUUGUACUAAAUUGUUUUGUAAAAUAUAUUUUUGUUUUUAAAAGGCAUGUUACAUGUUAAAAUAGUGCUUUUUGGGGGGGAGUACCAAUAUAAUUGAUUUAAAUUAAUUUCAAUAUGGGAUGGUGAUUUGAUAUACAAGCGUUUUAAGAGUGCCAUCACGGAACCAAUAAAGCUUAUAAGUUGAGGUACUUCUGUAUUAAAUUUACUGUCCUCUGAAAAUCAACUCACAGCCAUAAAUGUCUAAAAAGCUGGUGACACCAGUGAGUACACAUCACAAACGUUUAGGUGAGCACAUAUUGUGACUGCCUUAAUUCUCUUGGCCAUGUAAUUCACCAGCCCCUCACAGAUUGUCACUAGAAUUGUCUUCCAUGAUGAAGUGAUGAAGCUGGUGGAUGUCAGACACUUUACACUCCUCUACCUUCUAUUCUUUAUUUGAAGAGGGGACACUGGGUUGGGUUCAGGUGUGGCCCACCUUCACCUUCCUCAGCAAGGUUUACCAAAAGCAUGGAACCAUGCUCUGUUUCAGAAUGUCAGAGUGUUGGAAUUCAUGUUUUCCCCCAUGGAACCACAGCUCUUUCUCUCUACUGCUAUACAAGGUGUACACUGACUACUUUUAAGUAUAUCCAUGUUUCAAUUCUAUAGUGCCUUAUGAGAAGAAUGCUGAUAUGUGAGGGGUGUACUUCAUUUUGUAAGUGCCUAAAGAGUAAACUCAGGGUGUUGUUAUUAAAACGUGUUUUGUUGUGCAGCUAUAAAUUAAGUAUGUUUGUGAUCCCUUUGAAAGAAAUACUUGAAUUUCGCGCAUGUCAGUUUUAAACCUGCUGGUGAUUAUUUUUGCACAAAUUUUUGGAUUGUCUUGUAACAUUCACGGUGCACGGCUGUCACGUCCAACGCCAUGCCGUGUAUUUAUGCCAGCGCAUGCUUUAUUACAAGAAUCCAAAUGAGUGUCCUACUGCGCGAAUGCAGUUUAGUUGACCGACAAUCCUUGACUGUUUACAAUAUGGAAAUGAUCACUCCUUUAUUGGACUCAUUGAGGCUGUAGUAAAAUGAGAAAUGGCAAUCAUAUCCAAAUGUAGUCUAUAGUUCUGGUUGUAUGGAAUGACUCCAUCAUAACCUUUAAUUUGGGGCGGUCAAAGUUAACACAUGUGAUUAAUCACAUAAAUAAUAUUGCAUUAAUCAUGUAUUAACGCAGAUUAAUCAAGCAAUUUGUUUUUCCCAGAAAUCCACAGAUGGUUACCUGAAAGUUGUUAUACAUGUCAUGUGAUCAGGUCAAUGCAUUAGUCAGAGCAAAGAUGAGUGAGGAGACUCCGACUGGGGUGCUUGCUGGAUCAUUUUGUUUCAAAAUACACUCAGACAGGACUUUGGAUACAACUGUUUGAUUAAAUAAAUGUAGUGCAUUCAAGUAAAACAUUUUUAAAAUGUUACUGUAUGACAUUCUGACAAUAAAAUUGCAUUUGUGUCAAAAUAUUGGGGUCC